AUGGCUCCCCGCAUCUGGACUGCGCUCUGCGCGCUGACUUUUGGCUCGACUGUGCUUGCUGCUCCGCAGAUGUUGGCACCUCGUGCGACCGGUAGCUUGGAUACCUGGUUGGCAUCUGAAACUACAGUUGCGAGAACAGGUAUUCUGGAUAACAUCGGCUCCGGUGGCGCGUAUGCGGCCACCGUGAAGUCGGGAAUUGUCCUCGCCAGUCCGAGUACAGAUAGCCCUGACUAUUAUUAUACUUGGACUCGUGACUCGGCUUUGGUCAUGAAGACCCUGGUGGAUCUGUUCAAGAAUGGCGACACAGCCUUGCUCACGGUCAUUCAAGAGUACAUCAAUUCCCAGGCAUACAUCCAGACCGUUUCCAAUCCCUCUGGGAGCCUCUCUAGCGGUGGGCUUGGUGAGCCCAAGUUCAAUAUCGAUGAGACAGCGUACACCGGAUCGUGGGGCCGACCGCAGCGUGAUGGCCCUGCCCUCCGAGCUACUGCGUUGAUCUCAUUCGGACAGUGGUUGAUCAGUAAUGGCUACACAUCCACUGCGACUGAUAUUGUCUGGCCAAUUGUUCGCAACGACCUUUCCUACGUUGCACAAAACUGGAACAGCUCUGGAUACGACCUGUGGGAAGAAGUCAACGGCGAGUCAUUCUUCACGACAGCUGUCCAGCACCGUGCCCUGGUCGAAGGCAGCAAAUUUGCUAGUCAGGUGGGGUCAUCCUGCUCGUACUGCGACUCCCAAGCACCACAGGUACUUUGCUUCCUGCAAUCCUACUGGACCGGCUCAUACACCCUGGCAAACUUUGGCAGCAGCCGUACUGGCAAGGAUGCGAAUACUCUGCUCGGCAGUAUUCAUACAUUUGAUCCCGAGGCGGGAUGCGAUGACUCGACCUUCCAGCCUUGCUCAGCUCGUGCUCUGGCCAACCACAAGGUAGUCACUGACUCGUUUCGGUCCAUCUACACUGUCAACUCAGGUAAGGCCGCAGGAAGUGCCGUUGCAGUUGGUCGAUACCCUGAGGACUCUUACUACAAUGGCAAUCCGUGGUAUCUGUGCACAAUGGCCGCUGCCGAACUACUCUAUGAUGCAUUGUACCAGUGGAAUAAAGCUGGUUCUUUGACCAUUAGCAGUGUAUCUUUGAGCUUCUUCACGGACGUCUAUAGCUCAGCUGCCACUGGUACUUAUUCAUCAAGCAGCGCUACAUAUUCUUCGAUCGUUAGUGCAGUCAAAACAUAUGCUGACGGCUACAUGAGCAUUGCGGAACAAUACGCAUAUUCAAAUGGUUCCAUGUCUGAGCAGUUCUCCAAAUCUGAUGGAACUCCAGAGUCAGCUCGUGAUCUGACUUGGUCGUACGCGGCCUUGCUCACUGCAAACAACCGCCGCAACUCGGUUGUUCCCGCAGCAUGGGGUGAGACAUCCGCAAGCAGUGUCCCAGGAACAUGCUCUGCGACUUCUGCGACUGGAACCUACAGCACUGCUACCAACACGAACUGGCCAAGCACCUUGACAAGUGGAUCGGGAUCUACUAGCACUACCACCGCUGGUGGAACAACAACUAGUGGAGGUUCGACUACUACCACUUCCAAAACAAGCACUACAACCACAUCAUGCACAACGCCAACCGCUGUAGCGGUGACUUUUGAUCUCAUUGCAACCACGGUGUAUGGUGAGAGCAUCGAAUUGGCAGGUUCUAUCUCUGCGCUUGGUAGCUGGGACACCAGCAGUGCCAUUGCCCUAAGUGCGAGUCAAUACACCACCUCCAACCAUCUGUGGUACGUUACAGUGACUCUGCCUGCUGGUCAAGUCUUCCAAUAUAAGUAUAUCCGAGUUUCGAGCUCUGGUACAGUCACAUGGGAGAGCGAUCCGAAUCUCUCUUAUACCGUACCAGCAGCCUGCGCCACGACUGCUGUGACAAUCAGCGAUACCUGGCGAUAG